AUGUCUAUCAAUAUCCAAAACAAGCCAGUCCACCCCAAUCAGCAACGUCUCGUCGAACUUGCGGGCGAGUUUUUCGCUGAGGUCGAAAAUUUAACCCCUGGAAAGGACCUUGAAGCCCGCUUGAAUGCUGAAUAUGGCCGGGGCAACCGUUAUUACGACGGGUUCUGCGAGCUCAUCAAGGCAGGGCUUGCCAACAAUGAGGGUUGGGUAGCGACCGAUGAGCUAGACGGUCCCAAGUACCGGCGUUCCAAGGUCUCUUGGCCGGGCCCCGAGAAUCGCUACUUUAGCAUCACGACCGUUUACAUGGAAAGCGUCGAUGAAUAUCGUGGUCAGUAUCACGCUCAUCCCUAUGGCGAGAUCAACUGCGUUGUCCAGCUCAGCCCCAACGCCGAGCUGAAGGGAAUGAGCGGCUGGCAAGGCGAGGGCUGGACUAGCCCCGGCCCUGGCACGCAUCACUAUCCAGAAGUGAGGGGUGGUGCACUAGUAGCCUUGUUCUUCUUGCCCGCGGGAAGAAUUAGCUAUGAGGCUAAGCCGGGGAUGCCACAGCCACUCAGUAUGUAA